AUGGCGAAGAUUAUGGGCUUCGAGGGAAGUGCGAACAAGAUCGGCGUGGGCAUUGUGGAUGAGGAGGGGAACAUCCUUGCCAACGUGCGGCACACCUACGUGACGCCGGCCGGCACGGGCUUCCUCCCCAAGGACACCGCCAAGCACCAUCAGCAGCACAUUCUCGGCCUUGUGAAAGAUGCCCUGACGCAGGCCAAGCUCACCCCGCAAGAGAUUGACGCGCUCGCCUACACGAAAGGGCCUGGCAUGGGUGGACCGCUGCGCAGCGUGGCGGUGGUGGUGCGCACCCUGGCCCAGCUCUGGAAGAAGCCCAUCGUCGCCGUCAACCACUGCGUUGCCCACAUCGAGAUGGGACGCCUGGUGACCAAAUCGCAGAACCCGGUGGUGCUCUACGUCUCCGGCGGCAACACCCAAGUGAUCGCCUACUCGCUCAAGAGGUACCGCAUCUUUGGCGAGACCAUCGACAUCGCCGUUGGCAACCUCCUCGACCGCUUCGCCCGAGUCAUCUCGCUGCCCAACGACCCCGCUCCCGGCUACAACAUCGAACAAAUUGUUGGCCAAAAAUUCCUGGAGCUUCCCUACACGGUGAAGGGCAUGGACGUCUCCUUCUCCGGCAUUUUGUCGUCGCUCGAGGACAUCGCACGCCAUCAGCUCGCACAGGGGAAAUGCACGCCCGAGGACUUGUGCUUCUCCCUCCAAGAGAACGUGUUCGCUAUGCUGGUGGAGAUCACGGAGCGGGCAAUGGCCCACUGUGGCCAGUCGGAGGUGCUCAUCGUGGGUGGUGUUGGAUGCAAUGAACGUCUCCAAGAGAUGAUGAAGCAGAUGGUGGAGCAGCGAGGUGGCCGAGUGUGCGCGAUGGAUGACAGGUACUGCAUCGACAACGGAGCGAUGAUCGCCUGGACCGGUAUGCUGAUGUUCAAGUCGGGCAUCACCACCCCCAUGGAGGACACCUGGUGCACGCAAAGAUACCGCACGGACGCCCCCGAAGUGCUGUGGCGGGACGAUUGA